AUGAACACGCUUAGGACUUUAGGAAUUGUUUUGCGCAAGCCCCUGAACAGACAAUUUCCGAUAUCUCAUACCCCGAUAUCACAUCGAGCAGCACAUCGGGCGGCUUUAAGCCACGAGCUGAGGAAACAUCUCGCAAUUAAAAUCAAUUCCCGCCCGAACAAUCUUAAUUGCCGGCAUUAUAUUCACACGCGCAGCCAAGCAGAAAAUAUGAGCACACGGUCGCGUGGUCGGGUUCCCAUUGAACCCCAACGUGUCGACGCUCCCCUCACUCAGACUGCUACCUUCUUGGUAGUUACCAUUAACAAUACAUUGGAAGCUGUCGGUGUGGUGCGCUCGGUUUUAUCUAGCAUCGAUGGACUAGCUAAAAAUGUCUCUAUUCGAGACCUCAGUGCCGGAUUUGCCUGUACAGUGGGCAUUGGCAGCGAAGCGUGGAACUCAUUGACUCAGUUCCCCCGACCAACAGAGCUUCAUCCAUUUCCUACUAUACAUGGGCAGAAACAUACUGCCGUCUCGACACCCGGGGAUUUGCUAUUCCAUAUCCGCUCGGAGCGACGGGAUUUAUGUUUCGAAUUCGAACGACAACUACUGGAUGCCCUUGGCGAUGCCGUUACCGUCGUGGAUGAGACGAUUGGUUUUCGUUAUUUCGAUGUCCGCGACCUUCUCGGAUUUGUAGAUGGCACGGCAAACCCCGUGGGACCGGCCGUCCCGGCUUCUAUCCUCGUGAGUGAAGAGGACGCAUCUAGUGCAGGUGGGAGUUAUGUUGUGGUCCAGAAGUAUGUGCAUAACGUGAAAGCAUGGAAUGCCCUCCCCGCUGAGCAACAGGAGAGCAUUAUUGGGCGCAGGAAGCUAGAUAACGUCGAGCUAGAUGACGCCGCAGCAGGUCAACAGCAGUCGCAUAAGUCACUAGCCACUAUUGAAGACGAAAACGGCAACGAGCACGAUAUCCUCCGGGACAAUAUGCCAUUUGGGUCUCCCGGCUCGAAAGAAUUUGGAACAUACUUCAUUGGAUACUCAAGAAAUCUAUGGGUUAUCGAACGGAUGUUACAGCGUAUGUUUAUUGGCGAUCCUCCUGGGUUACAUGAUAGACUACUUGAUUUCUCUACCCCUUUAACAGGCACCACAUUCUUUGCACCAUCCUCUUAUUUCUUAAAAAGGCUGAGCAUGGAGAGAAGCUAUCCGGUUACGGACACAGCCAAUCAUUGACUCCGUUUCUAUAGCCACUCUUAGCUACAACGUAUGUAGGGGUCUAACUCUACAUAAUAAGUCUUAGGCACCUAGAGGUAUACAAGGUAUUCAUCAG